UUUUCUGUAAAAAAAAACAGAAAAUCAGAUUUCUUUCAAGGCCAAAAAAAAAAAUUAGCUUUCUUUGGAUGCGAUUAUAUUUUUUUCUUUUACUUUUUUCCCUUUCUACUUUUGCGGUGUUUUCUUUGAAUUUUGAAAGAUGAAGGACGAAACAGGUGAUGGAGAGAACGAUAAAUUGCAGGAUAUUAAGCUUUGGGGAGUUUUUCUCUUCGGUUUGAUUGGCGCCACCGCUUCGAGAAUCGCACUGUCCCGGUCGCAAUCAUCGUGGAAAGGAGGGAGUGGCAGUUCUUUCCGAUCAGCAUUUCAAGAGGAAGCAUGGAAGAGGUACAACAAACGGUUGCGAGAGGAGUACGAGCAGGAGCUGGAGAGGGUGGAACGAAUAAAGCAUAUGCAGAGUGUGUUUAGCAGAGAAAGAAAUAAGUAUAAAAGAAGCUAUGAGCAGUGGAGGGAAAAUGGUCCUGGUGCAUAUCAUCAACAUUUCCAGAGAGAUGAUUGGUAUUGGAAGGCCGACGCAUCCUUCAGAGACCAGAGGACUAAUUAUCGAGAUACUCCGAGGGAGAGUGCAUAUUAUUCAUUAUCACAUCACUACUCAGUUCUGGGUCUUGACAGGUUUAGAACAACACCAUAUACAGAUGCCGAGAUUAAGGUAGCAUUUAGGAUGAAGGCGAAGCAGUAUCACCCUGAUCAAAACCAGGAUAAUAGAGAAGCUGCUGAGGUUAAGUUCAAAGAAGUAAUGUGUUCAUAUGAAGCCAUUCAAAAAGAAAGGAAGAACCAGAAUCUGUAAAUGCCUAACUUUGACUGAUUAUCUGGGACUGGGAGGGAUGUGAAGUAUUCAAAAUAAUUUUCCAAAGUUCCUCCUAACUAUAGAAUUACCAUUCAGCUAAAAUAUGAUUCUGUUGAGAGUAAAUUUUGGGUAAUUAUUACGUUACAUAUAUGUAUAUUUAUAGACAACGAUGUUGUAUUAUAAGGCUGUUAACCUCGGGAGCAUUGUAUUUUUCUUUAGGAAAUUCACAGAAAAGAUAUGUACAUAAAUAAACAGCAUUCCAACUUUGAAGGAAACUAAACUAAGGCAAAAACGUGUGUCUUGAAAAAAGUUGCAAUUAUCAAUCUGAGAAUUGUUUCUUAUGUAGUAGUAGUUUUUUUUCAAUCACCAUUGACUACAUGUUAUAGCUUUAUAGGUGCCAUGUUUGGUGUAUUUGGUUAAUCAAUUGGAUAAGAUUAUGAAAACAUUCAAAUGAUAAUAUUUAAUUCUCAUUCUGCUCUUGAUAGCCAAUAGAAUAGAUGUGAUAACUGAUAAGAUUAAUAUCAAGGUUGUGUAUAAGAAUCAUAAAAAAUAACUAAAAUUUUCUAUCAUUAAGACAUGAUUUCCUAUAUUUUUUUAGAGUUCAAUUUUGAUAGAUUAAGUGAUUAACCAUGAAAAAAGAAUGGAAGUAAUGCCCCCAAUUUUUUAGUCGUGUUAACGUUGUUGAUAUGCGUUAAGUGCCAAGUUAGCAGUCUAUUAAACCACGUCGUUCAAGGUGAAGAGUCCAGUUGCUAAAAAAAGGAUGCAGUUUCAAUGUUCCAAUCUCUCUUCUUCAAAUAAAGUAGCAGUGAAGAAGAAGAGGAGCAUCAAUGAUCGUUCGCAAAUUUCAGGUUUUUCAAGUUCAACUCCUCUCUCACUUUUGUUCCUCCCGACCAACAGAAGAUUUAUGUUCCUGAAGAUGAUACCCCAGUCGCCGCUGACUCCGAUCUCCUCGCCAUUUCCAACAAACUCCGACUAGUCUCCAUUGAAGACGAACCUCAACCCCAACCAAACACUGAACAAAUGAUGAAAAUAAAAUUUGAUGGUUAGGAUUUUACAAUUGAAAAUAGACCAAUUUGAGUUUUUUUAAAUAAAUUUUAGAUACUAAUUUGAGUUGAAGUCAUUGUUUGUCUAUAUUAACGUGCUGUUAGCACACACAAAUUUUUAAUGCGAUUGGUGAGUUUUGGACUAAGGUGAAUUUACGUUUCUUGAGUGAGAGAUCAAUUUGAUUA